AGUUUUGCAGCAUCUUCCUUCACUGACGGAGAACAGCUUUGCUUUACUCCUGACUGUGGGUGCAAAUGGAAACGUUUAAAAUACUCCUUUUGACAGUGGCAGUCAUUGCAGCAGUAAAAUCUCAAAAUGCAACUGAUGGAUCCAAACCAACAAUCAGUUUGAAGCAAGAUCCAGAAUACCCAGAGAUCUACACCGGUGAACAGGUCAUACUUACCUGUAGCAUUACAGAGCAGACAUCAACUCAGUGGACAUACCAGUGGAAAAAAGACAAUACUGAGGUCAACAGUGGCGGUCAGAUUUACAAUAUCUCAAGUGCUACAAUGCUUGACAAAGGGUCCUACACGUGUCAUAUAAGCAGGAAUGGGGUCACAUUUUCAUCUGAGCCAAAUAACCUGACCAUAAUCGAGCCACCUCAACCACAACUGUCCAAAGAGCCUCAAUGGGAUUUAUUUUACCCAACUGAAAAGGUGACUCUGACGUGUUCAAUCAAUGAAAAUCCAAAUGAUUGGAAAUAUAGAUGGUACAAAAUCAAAGAUAAGCUGGACAAUGACAUAUCCAUAUCUGGAAAAACACUUUCAAUAAACUCAGCAAAAUCAAGUCACUCUGGAAAAUAUAUGUGCAAAGCAAAACAUCUACGAAGAUCUGCAGGUACAAAACCAGCAGAACUUUUGGAGCUUCACAUUUCAGAUUCCACGCCUAAACCAGACAUACGACCAGAGCCAUCAUUUGAGUUUUUCUACAUUGAUGAGCGAGUCCAGCUUAUUUGUAACAUGCCAGGUGCCGCAUGGGAAUAUCAUUGGUACAAAGACUCAAAGACAACAGAACUUUCUAUUGCAAAUAAAAAUUAUAUUAUUAAUUCAGCAUCUCUCCAUGACACUGGUGAAUAUUACUGCAAAGCAAAGAGACGUGACUUCUCAAUCAACAGUGAGAACUUAACAUUGCAAGUUAAAGAGCCACCUCAACCACAACUGUCCAAAGAGCCUCAAUGGGAUUUAUUUUACCCAACUGAAAAGGUGACUCUGACGUGUUCAAUCAAUGAAAAUCCAAACGAUUGGGAAUAUGAAUGGUACAAAAACGAAAUGAAGCUCUCCAAAGACAAUGACAUCUCCUUAUCUGGAAAAACACUUUCAAUCAACUCAGCAAAAUCAAGUCACUCGGGAAGUUAUAAGUGCAAAGCAAAACAUCUACGGAGAUCUCCAGUUACUACAAAAGAAUCAGAGACUCUGCAUCUUAACAUUUCAGGCAAGUAA